AUGGCAACAAUCACCUCCCCACGCGCCACCUCGCCGGCCCCCAUCAUAACCUCCCCAUCGCUGGCGAGCCUCAACUCACCAACCAACUCUGGCACGCCCACCUCCUCACUACGGCCUUCCCUCGACGUCUCCCGCCCCUCCGAUACACCCUCACAUCCACAGCAGUCGCAGCGGCGUAAUCGUGCCGCCCUGCGCGACUACUACAACCUCAAAUCCCGGCCCGCGACCGCGCAACCGGGCCGCAAGAGCUCCAUAGCCAGCACCGCCAGUGACGCCACCACCAACACCACCACCACCGUCAACGCCGGCGGGGCCGAAGACAACGAUACGUCGCCGCUCCUCACGCGUCUGGACGGUGCGGACUUUGACGCCGAGGCGUUCAUCAAGAGCCUGCUAGAAAGUUCCUCGCUGCGCGAUAUCCUCAAGACCGAGUCGGCGCUAGUAAGUGAGAUACGAACGCUGAACGGAGAGCGGAAGGCGCUGGUGUACGACAAUUACAGCAAGCUGAUUAGGGCGGUGGGGACACUGGGAGAGAUGCAGCGGGGCAUGCGGAGGGAUCAGAAUGGCGUCAGUGGGUUGGAUGGGGUGGAGGUCGUGCGGGGGAAGAUGGAUGCGUUGGAGGAGACGGUGAAGACGAUGGGUGUUGAUGGACACGAAGGAGGUGCGACGGACCUCGGUGCAGGGGGCGGAGCUAAGGAAAGGAGGAGGAAGAAGGAGCAGAAGGAGAGGGUGCGCUGGGUGCUGGAAGCGCCGAGACGGCUGGAGGGGAUGGGGAAAGCGGAGGCCAACGAUGAAUUUCAGCAAGUCAGAAAAGCGCUGGAUGCGUGGGAGGGCGUGACCGGCGUGGAAGAGCUAAGACACGCCUGUGAACGAGUUAUGGCGGCGAAGCGGGGCCCCGAGGAGGAAGACGAAGAGGGCGGAGAUGGAAAGACAUGA